AUGUUCCAGCGCAUAAAUUGUUUAUGGGCGCAUAGCAUAAUUUGUUUGACCCUCAGAGCUGCGGAUGAAAUUGAUUUCGUGGCAAGUGAGACAUCCUACUCGUAUCUCUUAAGAAAUCUUCCUCGUUUAUAUGCACUAGCAAGUUUAGCUUUGUUAGAGAUAGGGAUGGCAAUAGACCCGUUAUUAGUCAAUGCUCAAUCGAUAGCUUUGGAUGGGGUGCAGACGUGGCACCGAAUUACCAGAAUAGCGCAGGCAAUUAGCCAGUGCUCUCAGUAUAAAAUCACUCACCUUAGGAGGCAUGUAUAG